UUGCCAAGGAGACACGAAUCCCGGAAAUGCGGAAUUCGGGGAGGGCACGCGCGCGAGAGCUGCUGGCGAGAGGCCGGGCGUCACAGGUCCGGGCAGGAAAGAAGUUGGCAGGUCCUGACUGGGGAAAGCUGUGUGAACAGCAAAUCCGCGUUAAGGCAGCUCUAGUGGUGAGAUGGAGUCGCACGUCGCAGACGCCGGAGCAGGCGACACUGAGCGAGUCGCAGGCGUGUGUCCGACGAUUGGAGGCGCCGCCCGGGGGCCCGUGGUCUCGGCGUCCCUAGGAGCCGCCCGCUGGAAGCUCCUGCGGCAGGUUCUGAAGCAGAAACACCUGGAUGAUUGUCUGCGACAUGUAUCUGUAAGAAGAUUUGAAUCAUUUAAUCUGUUUUCAGUAACAGAAGCCAAAAAAAGGGAAAUUGAAAAGGAGGCUGGUACAUGGGUCCAAUAUACAAGUGUCUUCUAUCCUGAAUACAGUAUCUCCUUAAG